UAUGGGUACCAGAAAGGUUGUGCAGACCAGAAGAGCGUUAAGUGUAAUAAAUCAGAAUCUGGUGGAAGAUCGACGUUACCCUUGCGUUGUUAACAAGAGGGUUUUGUCAGAAAAACAUGAUGUUUGUGAAAAGAAGCAGGCGGAUCCAGUGCAUCGACCCAUCAGUCGAUGUGAACAGGAAACCAAGAGGUCAGACUUGACAAUUUCAAAUUCGAAUGGAUUUGGAGAGUGUAUAUUUAUCGAUGAUGAACACAAGCCAAGGGAAGACCAGCCAGUGCCCAUGUUUUUAGAAGGGCAUAGUGAACCAGAUCAGAUGGAUGAAAUUCAGAUGGAGGAUAUAAUUGAAGAGCCUGUUUUGGACAUUGAUGUCUGUGAUGCAAAUAAUCCUCUUGCAGUGGUGGACUACAUUGAAGAUCUUUUUACCAACUACAGAAAAAACGAGAGGACUAGCUGUGUCUCACCGAAUUAUAUGGCACAACAACCUGACAUUAAUGGAAGGAUGAGGGCUAUACUGAUUGACUGGCUUAUUGAGGUGCACGACAAAUUUGACCUCAUGCACGAGACAUUGUUUCUUACGGUUAAUGUUAUAGACAGAUUUUUGGAGAAGUCUACAGUGGUAAGAAAGAAGCUUCAGUUGGUGGGUCUGGUUGCCAUGCUUUUGGCAUGCAAGUAUGAGGAAGUCUCACUACCUGUGGUUGGGGAUCUAAUUCUGAUAUCAGACAAAGCAUAUACAAGGAAGGAAGUUCUGGAAAUGGAGAAGUUGAUGGUCAAUACAUUGCAGUUUAAAAUGUCUGUGCCAACAGCAUAUGUUUUUAUAAGAAGGUUCCUAAAGGCAGCUCAAGCAAAUAGAAAACUUGAGCUACUAGCUUUCUUCUUGGUGGAGCUAUCUCUAGUGGAAUAUGAGAUGGUGAAGUUCCCUCCAUCUCAACUAGCUGCAGCUGCAGUUUACACGGCUCAAUGCAGUAUCCAUGGUUUCAAACAGUGGAGUAAGACAUGUGAAUGGCACACCAACUAUUCAGAAGAUCAGCUAUUAGAGUGCUCUAGUUUAAUAGUUGAUUUUCACCAGAAGGCUGGGACAGGGAAACUUACAGGGGUACAUAGGAAGUACUGCUCAUCUAAACAUAGCUAUACUGCAAGAUGUGAACCAGCACUUUUUCUUCUGGAGAACCCAUUGUAGCAGUCCAUAUAGCUACUAACAACAACAUUUGACUUUCCGAAUUGGGUUAAGA